AAGACAGUCUCUGUUGUAAGGCAAUGCCCUGAGACUUCCAGACCUUUUAAAUAUCUAGUCUUCAUUAACCUUCAUCCAAUGGUUUUAGCUAUUGGUGAUCAUUUUCUAAAUUGUUAAUGCUAGUCCUUGCACUAAAGCCCAGACCAAGCCAGGUAGUGGUGGCAUGCAUGUUUAAUCCCAGCACUAGGGAGGCUGAAUUCUUUAUGCAGGCUAGCCUGGUCUACAGAGCAAGUUCCAGGACAGCCAAGGGGCUACAUAUCGAAACCUUGUCUCCAAAAAACAAAAACAAAAAACAAAACAAAAUAAAAAACCAAAAAAACCAAUCAUCCAACACCCCCUCCCCCCCAAAAAAGAACCCACCCACAAUAAAAUGAUGGCCUAAGCUGUUACUAAAAACCUGCUGAAAGGACUUCACAUGAUACCAGGCUUUGCUGGGCCUGGGCUUCAUCAUAAGCCAUAACUGAAAUCAUCUCCACGCCAGUGAACCCAAAUGGCUCCAGAUUUGUUUGAAAUACUGUUUUUAAUAGUGAAUAAGCCAAGUUUAAUUCAGUCGCUCACCUGAAGCCUAGACCAGUUUGGAGUGAAGGGGGCAGGCAAGGAACACGUGACCUUUGAAUUUCAGGUUAGUUCAAAACAUCCGAACCAGGACCUUUAAGGAAGAUAGUGGGCACACUUUAAAGGCACCUAGAGCUUUUAGUGAAAAGAACGAGAUCCCAAACUUCCUUUCAUUUUCAUUAAACGGCAAGAAUUAUUGUUGAGUUGUUGGGAGUUGCUCUGACUUCCCACAAAAUGAGGCCUCAGGAUCCGAUUCUUUCCGGAUGGGGAAAGCUAGUCUUUUAGAAGUCUUUGAACCUUCCCAUGGAUUCCUUAGUUUUCGGGGUUCAGACCCCAUUGGUUAUUUCUCAGAGGAAGGUCAUCAGCACUGACUUCUAUUCCCAAGAUCCCCACCCCUGGAUUUGGAAAAACAAGGCAGUACAGGGACAAACCUAGUUAGCUUGGAUCAGCUGGACAGGGAGGCCUGGGGCCUGGAUUCGUCUCCCAGGAGCACAGCCUGAGAGUACAGUCUGAGAUUGGGCCCCGUAGUGGGCGGGCCCUGGUAGGCGUGGUCUCGUCAAACAUCGCCCUCACAGCUCCUAAAGCUUCUUGAGCCUGGGGCUGUGGGCCAUCAAAGUUAAGUCUGACCUAGUCUUCAUUGGAAAUUGGUUCCUAACCAGGAAUUAAGAUGGCAACCCUUGUGACCCGUAAAGAUAUCCCCCCGUGGGUGAAAGUUCCUGAAGACCUGAAAGAUCCAGAAGUAUUCCAAGUCCACACGCUGGUGCUAAAAUCUCUGUUUGGCCCACAGGGAUCUCGAAUGCCUCACAUCGAGCAGGUGAGCCGAGCCAUGUUUGAACUGAAGAUUCUGGAAUCUUCCGGACUUACGGAGGUCUUAAUUUAUGGCUCUUGCAACCACAAGCUUCGGGCUAAAUGGAUGCUUCAGUCCAUGGCUGAGAGGUACCGCCUGCGCCAGGAAAGAGGAAUGCUCAAGCUGGAGGAAGCCAUGAAGACCCUGGAACUGGGCCAGUGUUUGGAGUGAAGCCAGUUUCCAGUCAGAAUGACUCCCACCUGCACACACACAGAUUGAGCCGUGGCUGGUGUUUGGUUCUGGCGUGGUUUUUAACUACGUUAUAUCCUUUAUAGUCUAACGAGAUAUUCCUGGAUCCCCGCUGUGACUUCUGAUGAGAAUAUCUCUUUUUCCAAGGCUGUUAUUUUAACGAAUAAAAUUUAAAUGAUUAAAACGCGUGCCAUUAAAAUAUGGAAAGAGCCAUUACCCC